AUGACUACCAUUCACCAGCAAGUCCUUGACAUGGACAAUCGCCUCCUCGCCAUCGAGCGUAAGUACAAGGAGAGCCAGGAACGACUGGAAGACGACAUAGUCGAGACGAUGGACCCUGCGAUUCUAGACCUAGACGACAGGUUGCAGGCGGUCCUCAACACAACCAACGAAAACUCGGAGGCGGCCAUCAGUAACAAGAACGAGAGCUCAAGGUUGCUAGGGAUGGUGAAUGCAUUCUCUUUGAGGGUGGAAACUGUGGAGAACAGGUCCGUCAGUUUGGCCCAAGAGCAGGAGGAUCUGAGAGCGAAUUCGCCGUGCGGUGCCUGUAGGGCAGAGCUCACGGAAGAAAUCAUCAACACGGUGAUGAGUCAACUAGUAGAAGAGCCACUAGAGUGGCCGACUGGUACCUACGGUCUACCCCGGACAAAUACAGGCUGUCCCGAGCCGGCAGGUGUUAAUUGGCGGACGGGCGUCCGUAGGCAUGACACAGAAGACACCGCCUCCAGCAACAGUUGGUCAUCAGGUCUGCAUUUUGAUGGCGGUAUGUGGCGUAACGACAUGGAACAAAAAUUCUGCAUGAAGACUAUCUCAAGUGACGGAUCUGGGAGCUGGCCGAGUGGUAGUUACUGUAUUUUCAGGAAGUACUGGUGUCCGUCAGGUUUCCAACCAGGUGAGAUCUAUUGGGACGAUGAAGACAGCUCCAAUGGUAACAGCCAUAGUGGCGAACUUCCUGACGGGACUUACGACACGAACACCUUGAUCAAAUACUGCUGCCGUAGCGACGGAGACGUCAACACCCCCAUCUCUCUGCCCAACGGAAGCCCGUUCUACCUCUUCCGCUACAGACAGGGGUGUCAGAGGGUCGAAGGUAUGAAUGUCCAACAGGAGUUCUUCAGUUGGGAUGAUGAAGAUUCUGGUAACGCAAACCGCCUCCAUGGGGCGCAUCCGUACGACGACGGCGGAAGCAACCAUAGGCUUCACUACUGUUACUAUUCAUAA